AUGGUGGGCACUUCCAUGCCUGAUGUUGCAGACAACAUCGAUGAUUUGGGGUGCCGUUGGGAUGCCCUUGGUCACAAAAGUGGUACUUUGCGUUGUUGCGUAGCAAGCUGCGCCCUUCACCAGCAAGGCGGCUUUAGUCUGCUUGAAAUUUGCAAUCCAUCGCCAAUGCUGAUCAUGGGCGUUUGCGCGGCCCGUUUGGACGGGCUGCCUUGGAACAUGGAGCUGCGUUGGAACGGCAGAAGCGGACCCACGAUCUGCAAUCGACGAUCAAGGGUGGUGCAACCAUCAUCGUCAGCCCAGUAUGACUGCUGUGCAACUCGUGGCUGA